GGGCUGCGGCGCCGAGUAAUGGGGUAAGCAGCUCUGAAAAAAGAAGAAGACGAUGAAGAAGGGGAUAGGUUUGCUAACGAAGAUGCGACAAAACAGAAACUCAUGCUCUCGGCCUCCAACAUCCCGACACCGAACCACUCGAGCGACUACACCGAACCCACGACCGUCCUCCUCCUCCCAGCCUUUGUCAUCAUCGACCACGUCACACCAAAAAGCGUGCCGGAGCUCAUUACCGAAUUCGUAGACAAGGCGCCGACAAACACCUCCCCGCUCGCGCCGCUCGCCCUCCCGGCCUCCGUCCCCGUAGCAUCGACAAACGGCAAAGGCACCGAGGCGGCCGCCACUGGAACGAGCAGCAUACCCCCCCAAAUCUCCCGCCGCCCCUGCCCGCACAGCGCGCUGAUCCUCCUCUGCUCGCAAAAGACGCGCGACGCCCGCUGCGGACAGUCUGCGCCGCUGCUGCGCAAGGAGCUGGAGCGCCACCUCCGGCCCCUGGGGUUGUUCCGCGACAUGGACGACGAGAGGCCUGGCGGGGUGGGGAUUUACUUCAUCUCGCAUGUGGGUGGGCACAAGUAUAGCGCCAAUGUGAUGGUGUACCGCCGACCCGACGCUUUUGGGCUGGACGAGGUGGAGCGCGUCAAGGAGGGAGGGGAGUUGGUGCCCAAGGCGAGGACGGCGGCCGCGCUGCCGGAGACGGAGGAUGUGGGUGCUGCGCAGUGUAUCUGGCUUGCGCGGAUCAAGCCUGAGGAUUGCGAGAAUCUGGUCAAGUAUACUGUUUUGCAGGGCAAGGUUGUGAAGCCUGAGACGCAGUUGAGGGGCGGGUUUGAUAGGGCCAAGGGGAUAAUGAGUUGGUGAGCCGUUCGUAUGGUCUCUUUUUUUCUGUUUUGAUGAAUUCUUAGAAGCGACUUUGGGCGCAUCCGUGGGGGGAAUCAUGAUCAGGGCCAUUGGGAUACAGGUCUGGGGGGCGUUGGAGGAUACGGCAGACACAUAGAGGAAGACCGGCAGACGGUAUUUGGUAGACAAGAGCUUUUGAUAGACGAAAGGGUUCAAGCUUUGCAGAAAGGGGCGUGAGUGCCAAUAUACCUACCUAUUAUACGUAUAACCUUAGGAGAAGAUUCGAGCUUUGGAGCGCGGAACAGGUCUAGAUAUAAGCCAGCUGCGUAGACGAUGUUGAGGUGGCCCACUUGAAAUUACACAACUAAAGUAAAUAGUGUCUCUUCCAGAGGGUGUUUGAAAUUGCAC